AAUAACGGUAGGUAUGGUUUAUUGUACCACAAACUGCCAAUAGGCUUCGAUUAUUUUCACACUAACGUUAGUAGCUAAUUCGAAAAUUGUACCAUGGUAUGCAACGAGGAAUACGGCGGUAGGAUUUUAUAAAAAUGUGCAAGUCAGGUAAAUCAGAUUUUGGUCUGUAAAAUGCAUUGUGACGUCAGGGUAUAAAACCCCCAGGGGAGGGAGAGCAAGGUUGGAGUAUCGUAUGUAAGCUAUUCGCCCACGGUAAAGUAGGCAGUAGGCGAGGAAGAGCGAGCACGAGAGACGCACCACCCACCAAGCUAAAUAACAUUCGUAUUCCCUAUUGAUCAGGCCAUGACUCCACAAAUAUCACCCUAGUGAGGCGUGAACAGCAAGAGCGGUGAUAUGGCCUAUAUCCAGAUACCUGAUGAUGAGAAGGGGUAUAAGUUGGACCUCUUCUGUGUCCCCAAACACUAUGAGGAGGAUUUAGACCAGGUCAUCAUCCCCCAUGGACUGAUCAUGGACAGGACUGAGCGCCUGGCUCGUGAUAUAGUCCGGGACAUGGGGGGACACCAUAUAGUAGUACUGUGUGUUCUCAAAGGAGGUUAUACUUUCUUUGCCGACCUGCUGGAGUACAUCAAGGCCCUAAAUCAGAACAGCGAUAAGUCUGUCCCAUUGACUGUGGAUUUCAUUAGGCUAAAGAGCUAUUGCAAUGACCAGUCUACAAACAUUGUCAAAGUUAUCGGAGGGGACGAGCUCUCAACUCUAACCGGGAAGAAUGUUUUGAUAGUUGAGGACAUUGUGGAGACUGGGAGGACUAUGGAGACACUGCUAUCACUGCUGAGUGAAUGCAAUCCAAAGAUGGUCAAAGUCGUCAGCCUUUUAGUCAAGAGAACACCAAGGAGCUCAGGAUACAGACCAGACUGUCAACAUGGUACUCAAGUACGAGUAUUCUUCACACACAUGGUUAGUGAUGUAUGUCAUUCCUUUAAGUCAGAGUUGGAUAAGCUUUCUAAGAUGGUUUUGCAAGGACAGCUGUUUACCUUUGACCUGCUCUGUGACCGUUGCAGCUAAAGGGUCAACCCCAGUCACAGACAACAGGAGUCAACUAGCUAACCUCCAGAGAUGGAAAAGAGCAACAUACUUUAUAUCUGUGUUAAUGUUAUGAAAUACUAAUGCAAAACUCAUCCCAUAAGAUCUUUUGAUACUGCUAACUUAAUACUACACAGCAAGAUGUAUAACUUACAUGUAGCUUAGUAUUGUGCAGUGAAUUCUGUCCGUCUCUGUAUUUGGUCAGACAUCGGGUUUGAGGUGCCAGAUUGGUUUCUGGUGGGAUAUGCCCUGGACUACAACGAGUACUUCAGAGAUCUCAGUGUAAGUUCGCUGCAUUGGAGAUGAUCCUGAUAUUCAGUUAUAUUCUCUGAGAUUCAGCAUGUCAAAACCGAGUGAAAGACAUACACUGAGUGUACAAAACAUUAGGAACACCUUCCUGAUAUUGAGUUGGACCCCCUUUUUCCCUUAGAACAGCCUCAAUUCGUCGGGGCAUGGACUCUACAAGGUGUCGAAAGCGUUCCACAGGGAUGCUGACUCGUGUUGACUUCAAUGCUUCCCACAAUUGUCAGGUUGGCUGGAUGUCCUUUGGGUGGUGGACCAUUCUUGAUACACACAGGAAACUGUUGAGUGUGAAAAACCCAUCAGCGUUGCCGUUCUUGACAAACUGAAACUGGUGCGCCUGACACCUACUUUUGUCUUGCCCAUUCACCCUCUGAAUUGCACAUACACAACCCAUGUCUCAAGGCUUAAAAAUCCUUCUUUACCCUGCCUUCUCCUCUUCAAAUACACUGACUGAAGGAGAACAAGUGACAUCAAUAAGGGAUGGUAGCUUUCACCUGGUCAGUCUGACAUGGAAAUAAUGUUUUGUUCCUAAUGUUUUGUAUACUCAAUGUAUGUAUGAGGGGUCAGUUUAACCAAGUCUGCUGUUGGUGUAUUCUUUUUACACUUUACCAUGUGUUUUUGCUCUGUGCAGCACAUCUGCAUACUGAACGAGAACGCAAAGGAGAAGUACAAAGUGUGAGCUGAGGCGAUAGACAGAUGGAUGACGAGAGACUAGGACCACUGUGAUGAUCCUGAGAUUUUGAGGGUUCUGAACCUUAUUUAUGUAUGAAACCUACUUAAUGUGAACACAUGGAUUGUGAAUUCAGUUUGCAAGAUGCUAUUUGAGAAAACAAAAAUGUAUUGAAUUCAUAUUUUUGUUCCCCUGGAAGCAGAGUUACGUUUUUAAGUAGAGAUAGUUAUGGGAGAACACUUAAAAAAAUAUAUAUAUAUUUUUAGAUUUGUUAUUAUAUUGGGGCCUUGGAUGCCUCCAUCUGAUUUAUGUUAGUAAGGAUGAAUUUUGAUUUCAUUAUGUUGCUUAAUACAAUCCACCGGAUCUCAGGCGACUGUACAUAUCCACAGUAAAAUCUAUGUGAGUCAAGUCAUGUACGGCAUUGUACAAACCAAUGAUGCUGUUUAGCUCAUAUGCCAUGCCCAUGCAAAGACAAGCCUGGAAUGUAAUGUAACAAUUUUGUUUAAUAAUGGCAAUGUUUCAUUCACCAAGGACAUUGACAGCAAUAUUAAAAUAGGAUUGUUAAUCUUAAA